UUGGCAUGCGGGUGAGAAAGGAUAAAAAGAAACAAAAAAACAAUAGGUUAACUGUAAGCGGGAAAAAGAGCGAUGGGAGGAAAAGGGCGGAGGCGGAGAGAGAAAAACUUUCUAGCGGCUCAUGGAGGCUACACUCGCCUCCCGCCUCCACCGAAACCCGGCGAGGUCGAUGCUUUGCCUUCCAAACUCCGUCGGAUCAUGGAGUUCAAUACAACCACCAUCGCUUCCAAACCUCGAACAAACCAAGAAUCUUUACAGAUUUCAACGGGCGACGAGCACAAGCGAAGGCCAAAACAAAAACUGAAUCGAAAGGAUAAAUCUGGCUGUAAUACCAGUGAUUUCGAAGUGGAUGGUGAUGAUGAAAAUGUGACAGUUCUCAAAUCCAAUGAUGAUGAUGAGAAAGUUUCACAUAAGGAUGACCAUGAUAAAAGAAAAAGAAAGAGAAAGAGGAAGCAGGUUCAAGACCACCGAUUUGAUGUAUCGAUGCAAGAUCUUGGUAUAGUUGGCUCAAAGAAAUGGGAUCGCAAGAAAAGGUACCUGGAAGCAAGAAAAAUGAAGCACAAGAAAGCCAAGACAGAGGAAAAGCUAGACUUCCCUGGGCGUGAGGAGAUCAAGUUUGGAGAAAUAGUUGAAGCUCCACCAAAGUUGGUAGCAUUUCCCAAGGCAUUGAAGACUUUCCAAAGUGCUUCGCAUGAGAGACUUCGUUUGCAGGCUGUUGAGGCCUACAGGAAUCGCAAAGGAUGGGUAUCAAGACCUGGGAUUCAUCUUCCUCCGGUAACAGCAACUCCAUCUCCUUAAAUGGUGCAAGCUCAUGUAUGAAACAAUUUGAACCCUUCUCAUUGCCUUUUCUAACAAGCCUAGUGAGGGGACAUAUCUUCCUCCCAUAAUUGCAAUAACAUUUUAUGAAGUCUGUAUAGCGCUUUCCUUCGCAUCUGUCUUCUCUACAGGCUUGGUGAUAUACGUGUUGUAGUCAAGAGUGCUCAUGUAGUUCUACUCCAGGAAUGGUUUUAAUCCAGAAUGCUUGUUGCCCUUUGAGAAUUCCCUAUGAAGUAAAAGAACAGUUUUUAUUUUAUUUUCUUUUUUGCUUUUAUUGCAGAAUGGAGUGUAUUAUCUCUUCUAUUG